AUGUUUUCCACUGUCUCUUACUACGUGCUUCUGUUCUUUGUUAUCACCUCGUUUGACAGACACAAAGCCCCGGUUCUGUACCUAGUACCAGCAAGCCUGAACGAAAACAUUACAGAACACGUCAGACGGACCCUGCAGCCAGACGACUGGGUUCCUAAGGAGAGCUCUACAAAGCGGACGUAG